ACCGGUUAGGAAUUUUUGUGGAAUGGAUUGGCAGCGGUUAGGUUGGUAGUGGUAAUUUAUCAUCUGUCGUUGUAAAAUGUCAACAUUGUGGUUGUUUUGAAUGUGAACAAGAAGAAUGGCGAAUUUAUCGAAAAUGGAGGAAAGCGAGUUGGAGUUGCUGUUGAAAUAUCCACUGCUGGCGUGCCACACCCAGGAUGGGGCGAAACAUUACGUCGGCAAAAUUUUGUUCGGGAACCACGACAUAGAUUUACACGUGGUUGAAGAAAACGUCCGUGAGAAUCCAACUUUUAAGCUGAAAACGAUCUAUGGCGGCUCAAUCGAUGACGCUUUGUCCAAAAUAACCGCCCCGAAAAUUACAGAAUUUGUGGACAAAAUCGUUACAACUUUGGAGAACGAACCCGACCGAAAACCUCCCCAAAAUUUAACGAAAGCGUAUAGAAGAAUUCUACAAGAAUACUCAGAAUUUACAGGAUUCCACUUGACUAUUAAAAAGUGCCAAAUCUCGUCAGAUUUAUCAAAGAUACACGUAACGACAGUAGACGAAGGAUGCCGCGAGCACGGUCUAGAUAUUGCCGUCGACUGGAACGAAACGGCCAUUUUCAUACCACUCGGUCUUAAUCUCCCUGAGCAAGUGACGAAUAGCUUCCCCACGAAUUUUCCUUACUUGACGGAGAUCUACAGCAAAUUUAUUGCAGCAAUAGAAGAUCUGCAACCGUUCUUUGACGUCAUGGACGACCUGGACAGAAGUUGCUGCGUUUUGGACCCAGAAGUGCCAACUAGACGCGAUUGCUAUCGUAGAAUAUGGCUUGAUCAGAAUUUGUCGGUGAUGGUUAUCGUAAAUCUCGCGAACGUAAAAUCUCGACCGGAACUAAAGUUUCUAGGUCCCGAACGGGUGGUCCAGCCUUGGUUUGAAAAACUUGGUGAUAAGCUUGAGGAUUGGGACGAAAAGAAGAAUUUUGUGCAAGAAUUGUUGAACAUUCUAGGAUUAGAAACAUUCCCUGUGAAGCCCAGGCAGGAUAGAGUUACGUUGAUGGACGCUGGGGAGUGCAGUAUAUGUUUUUCGUUGCGUCUGAACGAUAAAUUGCCCGAAAUUAUAUGCGAAAAUAAGUGCUGUGAAAACCACUAUCAUGUUGAGUGUUUAUAUGAGUGGCUUACUUCAAUCAAUUCCAAACGUAUGUUUAACCAGCUGCACGGCCAGUGUCCAAAUUGCGAAAAGAAGAUCGCUUGUCCCAUUCCAGAUCUAGUUUAAAACGAUUGUACGUUUUCAAAUAAAACUACAAAGCAC